AUUUCCAACUGUCAAGGCGAAAGAACCUGUUGAUUUACAAGCAAGCACGAGACCUUCAGCAAACGCGAUCUUCAUUUCUGGAAAGUAAAUUACUCCCAGCUCUGCCGUAAUACUAUGGCUAAAAAGUUCAGCUGUAUUGUAGCAGUUUGCGAGAAUCGCGGUAUUGGAAUCAAGGGAGAUUUACCAUGGAAACUAAAGCAAGAACUGAAGUACUUUUCGCGAACGACAAAAAAGGUGGAAGAUGCUAACAAACGAAAUGCAGUAAUUAUGGGAAGAAAAACAUAUUUUGGCGUACCUGAGAGCAAGCGACCAUUGCCGGAUCGUUUAAACAUAGUUUUAACGCGCAAUAGCUCUGCGUAUACCUUUCCUCCGGAUGUGCUUGUUUGCGGCAGCCUUCAGGAGGCAUUGGACAAGCUUGACACGACAAGCUACGGCAUGGAUAUUGAAAACAUCUGGGUGGUUGGCGGCAACAGUGUGUACAAGGAAGCCAUGGAGUCUGAUCGUUGCUAUCGGGUCUAUCUGACGGAAGUCAAACAGCGGUUCGAUUGUGAUGCAUUCUUCCCAGAAAUGCCUAAAACGUUCGUGGUUGUGGAAAAUGAUGCAGAUAUUCCGACUGAUGUGCAGGAAGAGAACGGAAUCCAGUAUGAGUACAAAAUUUAUGAGAACAAAAUCUAGCGAUCAGCUUGGUGCGGGACUCACGUUCCAAAGCCAUCUUUCAUCGUUUCGCCUCUUGCAAAAGUUCGUACAACUGUGCAAUCUGUUCAUCGCGAAAGUGGUUUAGCUGGCUUUCUGUCAAAUCUUCUCCUAUCAUUCCAACCGGUCCAGGCUUUCCCCGCAAGCCUAAUUGUUGUGCUAGAUUAAUCGCAUAUCCCUAGUAGAGUUAUGAACAAAUAUUAUCACCAUGUAUCAUCAGUGGCAGGAAUCGUACAUAAUCGCGCUUAAUCAAACCGGGAAAAUAAAAACCAACAACGAACAUCAA